CUUCACUUCUCACCGCGGAGCACAGAGUUUCCAGGCUCUCUAGGACAACAUUCAGAAAGAGCAGGUUCCAGGAGCCACCAAGAUGCCUGUCCCUGCCUCCCCAUCCAACCUGCCUCUGCCGUCCGUGAUGCUGCCUCUGCUGCUGGGACUCACAGCCAGGAGACUUGGAACUGCUUUGUGUUUCCCUCCAGGAGCAGCAGGUGAGGAGGGGAUGCAGGUGCUUCAGCCUGAGAGGUCCAUGUCUGUCGCACCUGGAGAGACGACCACUCUGCCCUGCACUGUGACCUCCCUGAUCCCCACUGGGCCCUUCAAGUGGUUCAAGGGGACAGGACCAGCCCGGGAGUUAAUCUACGAUUUCAAAGGAGAUCGGAGCCACUUCCCCCGAGUAACAAAUGCUUCAGAUACCACAAGGAGAGACAACAAGGAGUUUUCCAUCCGUAUCCGGAAUAUCACCCCUGCAGACGCCGGGACCUACUACUGUGUGAAGUUCCGGAGAGAGAGCCCUGUGGACGUGGAGUUUAGGUCUGGGCCAGGCACCCGGCUGUUUGUGCGUACUAAGCCAUCUCUUCCAAAGAUUUCUACCUCCUCCAACCCAGCCCGCCCAGGCCAGAUAGUGAAUCUCACCUGUGUAGCAGCUGGCUUCUUUCCCCAAAAUAUAUCUCUCAAAUGGUUUGAAAAUGGCAUGGAGCUUCUAGCCCAUCAGAGCCACAUCCUGCCACGUGGAGAAGCUUUCUCCUACACCAUCAUCAGCAACAUCCUGGUGACCCUUGCCUUGACUUCACUCUACUCCCAGGUCACCUGCCAAGUGGUUCACAGUGAAUUGCAGCACCCCCUCAGUGGCCAUCUGAAUAUCUCCACAUUCCUUCAAGUUGUUCCCACAGUAAAUAUAUCAGCACACCAUGUCCCAAGCCUCCAGAUGGCCAUCCUCACCUGCCACGUGCAGAGGUUUUAUCCCAAAAGCAUGCAAAUCACCUGGCAGGAAAGGAAAGGAUGCUUCAGGACCUGUGAAGACUUGACCCCCACCAAGAAUCCAGAUGGCACAUUCAGCCAAGACAGUCAUAAUCUGGUCAGCAUCUCAGAGGACAAAAGUCUGUUCACCUGUCAAGUGUUGUACAAGGCCCAGACACUGGUCCAGACCAGCUUCCAGCUGAGCGAGUUUACAGAACAGCAAACAAGUUUAGGUGCCAUAGCAUCCAGCUCUCUCUUUGGGACCGUCCUCCUGCUUAUCUGGAAGUUGCUUCCCUUGACUAUAUUUUCCAUCAUCUAUGUCCUUGGGAGGAGCCUCCCUUCCAGGAGGGCUGAUCCAGGAGGACCACUUGCCGAAAUGCCUGUAGCCACUACCCCAGCUUCUGCCUCAUCAGCCUUCUGACAUAUGUCCAGCACUGGCUGCCCCUCCUUGUCUCCUGUAUCCCCAGAGGAAGUGAGAGUCUCAACUGGGAAAUUCAGUAGUGAGAGGUAGGCUCUCGUACCCUACCCAGGAAUGAAGCUUCUGCAAACACCUGAUCCUGAGCAAGAAACCCAGCAGAGGCAGAAUGGGCUCCCAGAGAGAACCAUACCUGCAACUCUGAAGGCACUUUCCAGGCUCCUCAAGGAAAACUCGCUAUGGGCACCCAACUUCCAUGAGACAUUUACAGUCUCUUCAUUAAUGGAAAUAAAGGAAACACUAAUUGCCAAUAAAUAUAAAGAGAUAUGCAAUCUCAUUAGUGAUCAGAAAAAGCAAAAGCAAGACCACACUCAAAUGACAUUUUGUGCCUACUGAAACCACAAAAAUAUAGAAGCGACUGGGUCUUUAUUACAUUGAUCAUGUGCAUUUAAAUUGGCACAGCUACUUUGGAAAACAGUCUGGAAAGUUUAAGUUGAACAUUUAUAUACCCUAUAACCAGGUAUUUCCUAUUAUCCUAAACAAAUUCUGGUACAUGUACACCAAAAGAUGUACACAAAUAUAUACAUGGUAGUAUGGUUCAAGGUUAGCAAAACCUGAGAACAAUCCUAAUGCUCACCUACAGAAUUAUGGGCAAAUAAGCCCAAUCACAGGAUGAAAUGAUUUGCCACAGUAAAUAAAUAAAUAAAUACCACUACACACAUUAAUAUGGAUAAAUCGUCACAAAAAUAUCAGAUAUGCAUAAGCCCCCCAAUAUUUUGUAAAGUAUGAUAUAUGAUAAAAUCAUAUUUUUUCAAAACGGAUGAAUGAGCCAAAGAUAUGAAAUAGUAGUUGCUUUGAAGUGGGGAAAGGCCAAGGAAUGAGGAUGGUGGGCGCGCACAGGUAGGUGUAGGUCAUAUCAGAAUUCGAGAUUCUAGUCUGAGUGGUGGCUUCAUCAAUGUUUACGUCAUUUUACACCAAAAAAUAAAUAGAGAGAAUAAUAAAAGAUCGAUGAAUUUGUAUCUAAAUAGAUAUAUAUAUUGCAGGCCGAAGAUUGGAAAGAAGGAAGGGAGGAUGGGAGCAAUGGGAAAAGGAAGGAUAGGUGGAUGGAUGGAGGGAUGGAUGGGUGGAUGGAUAGGUAAAUAUAUUAAUAAAAGUGUGCAUGGAUCUAUGAUAAGAGUAUCAUGAAACAAUAGUUGUGACUAAAUACAAUUUUAUAUACUUAAGAUCCAAAGGAAAAAAUGAAAGAGCAUUACUUAGAGAGCCCCAAAUUUCCUAUUAUGACAAUUCUACAUAAAGAGGAAAACAUAAUUUUGGUGCCACUAUGGAUCUGACACUUCACAUGCAGUAUCUUAUUUCAUCUUCAUACCAAUCCCACAGGUGGGUGCCAUUCCCCAUUUUACAGAUGAGGAAUUUGAAGGAACUUAGUGUCACUAAGGUGUCAAAUGGCAGAACCAAGAAACUCAGAUUUAACCCAGCUAUGAACUCACCUCUAUCUUGAUUUUCUGUAAUCCUAUCACCACCCAGGAAAUAUUACUGUCGCUAUAUUUAAAAAUCUAUUGAAGCAGCUUGCAUGUAUAUUUUAAAAAGCACUUAAGAUAAUUUUUAAUUUCUGU